AUGAAAGCAAAUAACCUUGCCGGGACACUGAAGAAGCUUAAAGCCAGGGUGGGGAUGAAGGAAACGCAGCAAGGGGCUGCAGCGCAGGAUCGACAAAAUGUGGCAACGGUCAGCAACAGCAGCCGUAAGAGACAGAGAGUGAGAAGGAGGAGAGAGGACAAUGUGCCGGCCCCCCUAGAAGGCUGGGCCGACCUUCACGGGCCUGGCUCGUCCCUCCUCUCCCCUUCUCCACGGGAUCUUCGAAACAGCGCGACAGGGGUGGCACGCGGUGGAGGGCCAGGAGCAGGCGCUGCAACGGGGACUGGUUUCGCAAGCGGGCGGGCGGUGUCAGGGGGGGUUUAG